AUGUCUUUCCGCGGUGGUGGAGGCUUUAGGGGUGGAGACCGGGGUGGACGAGGUGGAGGAUUUCGAGGCGGAGAUCGUGGCGGAAGAGGUGGUGGCUUUCGAGGUGGGAGAGGAGGGUUUGCGCCUCAAGGGCCUCCUGAUCAGGUGUUAGAAAUGGGCGAGUUCAUGCACGCAACCGAGGGCGAGCUCGUCUGCUCUUCGAUCAACCCCAAGAUCCCAUACUUUAACGCCCCGAUAUACCUCGAGAACAAGACCUCGAUUGGCAAAGUUGACGAGAUCCUCGGACCGCUAAAUCAAGUUUACUUCACGAUCAAACCACAAGAGGGUAUUCAGGCGACGAGCUUCAAGGCUGGAGACAAGUUCUACAUUGGAGGCGACAAGCUGCUGCCGCUGGAGAGAUUUCUGCCUAAGCCAAAGCCCUUGCCUGGUGCAGCGAAGGUUAAGAAGCCCAGAGGAGCUGGUGGAGCUGGAUCGUUUGGACGAGGUGGGAGAGGUGCUCCUCGAGGCAGAGGCGCGCCAAGAGGACGUGGUGGACCUCCCGGCCGAGGUGGAUUCAGCAGCAGAGGAAGCUUCGGCGGUGGAAGGGGAGGUAGUGGCGGAUUCAGCAGUCGUGGGCGGGGCGCUCCAAGAGGUCGCGGCCGAGGGUACUAG